CAAAGGGGCGCGCCUGCGCGCGGCCAGGCGGGUGCGAUGGACCCAGUCCAUCCCAGUGCCCGUACUCAGGCUCCGCCGCCACCGCCGCCGCCAGCGGUGUGGCCGCGGGUAAAUUCUGAGGAGGAGCUCUACGACUGCCUUGAUUACUACUACCUGCGCGACUUCCCGGCUAGUGGGGCCGGGCACUCCAAGGGUCGGACGCGGCGCGAGCGGGAACUGCGCACUAAUUGGCCAGUGCCUGGUGGCCACGAGCGCAAAAUCACACAGAAGAUCCUCAACGGCCAGCGCAAGCGUCGCCAAUGCAAGCUGCUGCCCCGGCCGCGGACUCGCCUCACCUGAUACCGAAAGACCUGAUAAAAGUAUUUUCUCUGACUCCAGCUGUAACUGUGGUCCUAAGCGGGAGAGAGAAUCCAUGUUGGUCAACAGAUUUGUUUUCGACAUCGCUUAAGUUUAAUGCUUCAGUAUCUUUUCCUUACUGGUAGUUAAUUAAGUGACAUCCAAGUGGGUAUGCCUUUUUAGAGUUUUUAAUUAAACGAGCAGCAGCAA